AUGACUGGCGGAAAGUCUGGUGGCAAGGCUAGCGGUAGCAAGAACUCCCAGUCCCGUUCUUCCAAGGCUGGUCUGGCCUUCCCUGUCGGUCGUGUCCACCGUCUGCUCCGCAAGGGCAACUACGCUCAGCGUGUCGGUGCCGGUGCCCCCGUCUACCUCGCCGCUGUUCUCGAGUACCUCGCUGCUGAGAUCCUCGAGUUGGCUGGUAACGCCGCCCGUGAUAACAAGAAGACCCGUAUCAUCCCCCGUCACUUGCAGCUUGCUAUCCGCAACGAUGAGGAGCUGAACAAGCUCCUGGGUCACGUCACCAUCGCCCAGGGUGGUGUUCUCCCCAACAUUCACCAGAACCUCCUCCCCAAGAAGACCCCCAAGGCCGCUAAGGGUAGCCAGGAGCUUUAG